AUGUCUAAAAAUAGGUUCACGCCAGCCUACAUAGUGUCGCUCUCGGCCGCGCAUGUGCUCAGCAAACUGGAGCGGGAGCUGCAACAGCCUACGCACGCUGUUCUCGUCGGGCGCGACCUGGCGCACCCAAACAAAACGCAGCAAGUCACACUCGGCGUCAUCGGUGCAUAUGUCGUCGUCAUUGCCAUCCUAUGGAAUGUUCCCUACAUCAAGUAUAUCCUCUGGCCAUUCAAGAUGCUUGUCAUUGCCUUUCACGAGUUCGGCCACGCCAUCACAGCCGUCUGCACCGGCGGCCGCGUCAAGUCCAUCAGCCUCGACCCCAACGAGGGCGGCGUCACCACCAUGGUCGGUGGCAUCAGCGCCAUCACGCUCCCCGCCGGCUACCUGGGCUCGUCCGUCAUCGGCGCCCUGCUCAUCUUUUGCGGCUUCAACAUUGUCGCGUCCAAGGUGGCCAGCCUCGUGCUCGGCGUCUGCUUCCUGCUGACCCUGUGGUGGGGCAAGCGCGACUGGCUGACCGUCUUGACGGUGCUGUCCGCCGUCGGUCUGCUGAUUGGGUGCUGGUUCAUCAAGCAUGCCGAGGCGCUGCGCUUCGUCGUGCUAUUCAUCGGCGUCAUGUCGUCGCUCUACAGCGUGUGGGAUAUUUGCGACGACUUGAUCCUGCGCAAGGUCAACUCGUCGGAUGCCAGCGUCUUUGCGAAGCGCUAUGGCGGCUCGUCGCAGUGCUGGGGCGUGAUUUGGUCCAUUAUUUCUGUCCUGGUCAUGGCGGUUGGGAUUGUUGCUGGGCUGGCAGCGUUUUCGCAGUCGUUUGAACAACAACAGGAGGACUCGAAGCACUUUAUCCCUACGUAG